AUGAAACAGCCAACGGAACCCCAGUGGGCGACAGUCAAGACCACACUACCCGGCGUCACUGUAAAGACCACACUACCAAUCUAUCCAUAUGAACCUCUAAAUGAGCGACAGCCCAUCAAGACCAGGCGCCUUCUAAUACGACCCCUACGACCAAGCGACCUAGAAGCAGUCCAUGUCCUGCGCUCUCAGCCAGAAGUCACAGCAUGGUCGUCCAAGGGCAAGCCCAACGAGACGGUGGACGUAACCCGCCAAGAGCUAGAGGCAGCUCUAAGCAGAGACAUUUACCAGUUCGCGAUCUGUCUAUCCAACGGCGAUUUGAUUGGAACGGGUGGCUCACAUCGAAGGGAGGGAAACCUCGGCUGGCCUGUCAUCAACUACGCAAUUCGCCACGAGGCGUGGGGAAACGGGUAUGCUACCGAAUUUCUUGCUGCGUUUCUUGAUCGCUGGUGGUCAUUGCCGAGAGAAAUUGUCGAUGUUCUGGUAGAUAAAGACACGGUCUGCGGAGAUGGUGAGAUCAAAGAGGAGAGAGUGGUUGCGACAACGACUGAUAAGAAUGUUGCUAGCCAAAAGGUCAUGAUGAAGAAUGGCAUGGAACUGGGUAGGGUUUGGGAGGAAGAUGAUCGUUCUAGGCCCGGAGAGAAAGUGACAAUGUACGGGUACAUUGCGAAGCCUCCUGUGAAAGAGAAAUAA